GAGGCACAACUGGCUGAUCUCUGCGCUUCCGCGAUUUGUUUUGCUCUAAUGUCUGGAGCUCGUGCGAUGUCAAAGCUGGGAUUGUCAAACAUGACGGGUUGCCUACCAACGGACUCCAAGCUAUUGUCGUGGUAGUUUGUUGUGGAAGUUGCUUGGGUCCGGAAUGAAGCAGCCUCAAUUCGUCGUUUGCCUCCCGGGGUUACUGGCACACUCUCUGGGAGUAGCGCUGUACUUUCUGGUCAAUCCGAAGAACACCUGCACUGUUUGUGGAGCGUGUCUUUUGUUGUUUUAGGGUGAGGCCUGCAGGAGGAGAAAGUGUGUUCGGUGUGUUCCGGAGCAGGAGAUGUUGUGGGGUGGAAGUAUUGAGAGUUGAUGAAAUGGGUUUAGGGAUUGCGGGAGUAGAUGCGAGUCUUUCUUGCGCGGGUGGGGAAGAUUUACAAGGUGCAAAGGAAAUGAACAGAUGUGCGAUUGGUUUGAACAAAUGUUUCAAGAUUUCAUUGUGGGGAGAAGUAGGGCUGGGGUCGAUUUGGAGGAGCUAAUGGUAAUCAGGGAGAAGAACAGGGCGUGAAGGAGUUUGAUAAGGACAUGAUGAGUGAAAAUGACGAUGGCAUUUUUCACAAAGAAGGGUCUGUUCGUGAAUUUUGUAGCUAUGUGCCUAUACGUGGGGAUGGGGAGAUUGUCCGGCACUCUUUCCUUAGUGUCUGGCCUGGCUUCUUCACCUAUCUGGGCACCAUCGGGGCUCAUGGUAGCUUUUGUAUUGAUAUAUGGGUAUAAUGUGUGGUUGGGCGGGUUUUUGGGUAGUGUAACAAUCAAUUUCUGGGUCUUUCAUAACCAUGUGCCCCAGCAGUACCUACCUUAUAUUUUUUCGGCUGCUGUUUUUUCAAGCCUUGAAGCUUUGAUUUGUGGGUGGUUGCUGAACCAUCCAUUGAAAUGGAAGGAAGGUCGUGUUCUUUUGCCUCCCCAGGAGAACAGAAAGGGGGCACUCACAGUCGACACUCUUCACGAUGCUAUGUGGCUUUUCAUUGUGGUGCCAUUCGUCAGUUUCAUUUGUGGAUCCUGCAAUGCAUUUUCCCUCUGUAUCUUCGACCUUGUGCACUGGGACAAUUUGUUGUUGGUUUGGCCUACGUGGGUACUGGGAGACCUGUCUGCUAUUCUCUGUGUAGCUCCAUGCAUUCUUCACCUGUGGAAUAUCUUGCAUCCUGACAUGUUGCCAAUCUGGGGUCAACCAAGGAAAUGUACGAAUCGCGUGGAGUUGUCUCACGUGGAUGAAGGGUCUCAACGCAAAACUGAAUCUGAACCUGGGUUGUUUCCACGACGAGGGGUAGAAAGACAGACCAUACUCCGUAGUCUGAACAGUGGGGUAACUUUGUUGCCUUGGAAUGGCUCCGAAAAAUUUCAGGAUAGUUCCGUCAACGGCAGCAGGACCGAAAAUCUGAAUUAUGAGUUCUUUUCUGAUAUCAACUUCCUUGACAGAGAGACUGAUGAUACUGAUAUGGAAAAUGCGAUACAUAAUCGUAGGCCUGCAUCAGUGAAAAGACAUGUCCAUCUUAGUGAAAGAUUAGAUAAUUGGAAAAGCCGUUGGAAUGAAUGGGUCUUGGAAAGAAGACGGAAAUCGUGCGCAGGAGGAGAGAGAUCAGGUUCCCUUCUAAUGGUGGAAGAAAGUAGUUUUUCCAACACAGGAAGUGGAGUCAUCUUUGAUGGGAGAGUCUUGCCCAGGUCUCAGCAAUUUUCAGAUCUGAAUGCUGGACUUCCUCUUAAUCACAAGGCUCCUCAAGUGUGUUCCUUUAAAAGAUUUGUUCUAAAACUGGCAGAGUGCAUAGCUCUUUAUGUGGUUCUUAUUGUUCUCUCGUUGGUUAUAUUUUUUAAUCUGGGAGUUCGCGACACCGACGCUGUGCAAAGACUUUCUUACUUGGUGUUUCCAGUCGUCAUCUGGUCUUCCUUUCGAUUUAAUCGGAUUGGGGUUCCUCUUGCUGUCCUCGUGGUUGCCAUCAUUGCCAGCGCAGGCACAGCUGACCAUAAAGGACCACUAUAUCGUCAAAAUAACAAUCAUUCUCUUUUACAGGUGCAAAUGUUUGUCUGCGUUCUGGCUGUGGUGGCCAUCACUCUAGCUGCAAUUGUACACGACCGGAAAGCAAUGGAAUCACGGCUCAACGAAAUGAACAGCACUCUCGAAUUACAGGUGCGUGCAAGAACUUUGGAAUUGGAACGGGCCAACAGAUCGUUACAAGUAUCCCAGGCUGCUGCCGAGGAGGCUAGUCGAGCCAAAUCUGAGUUUCUCGCAAAUAUGAGUCAUGAAAUCAGGACUCCUAUACAUGGAAUAAUUGGAAUGGCCUCACUGGCCUUGGAGACUGAUCUGACAGAUGAGCAGCGUGAGCAUUUAGAGACAGUAGCACAAUCUGCUGAUUGUUUGCUUCAUAUUGUCAAUGCAAUUUUGGACCUUGCAAAGAUCGAAGCUGGCCGUGUAGAGCUCGAGCGCGUUCAAUUUAGUGUUUUUGACACUGUAGCAUCUACUAUUAAAAUGCUCCAGGUAAGAGCAAAUCAAAAGCAGUUGAGGGUUUCAUGGGAAGUAGAUCCGGAUAUUCCAGCGCAUCUGAUCGGCGAUGCAGGCAGAUUACAGCAAUGUCUCAUCAAUUUAGUUGGCAAUGCAAUCAAGUUCACUCAAGAAGGAUCCGUCUCGCUUACAGCAAAAAUCUACACUGGACCUCCUCUUGAGAGAGCCACAAGUGCUAAUCUCAAAAAGAAAAAUAGUAUGAGCAGAACAUCUACUCCUGAGGAGCUCUCAACGAACGACGGUCACCAUAUUGUGGAUGUUGGUGAAAUUUCUGUGGUUGGAAGAGAUCGUUCCGCGUUUAGUGGUCAAAUAACUGGUGGCAAGGAAGGAAAGCUAGACAUUUGGAGAGACCGUUCUGCAUUUAGUGGUCCAUUAUUGCAAGGUGGUAAGGAAAGGAAGCUGGAGACUGCGAGAGGCUCUGCAUUUAGUGGCCAGUUAUCAGGUGGGAAGAUGGAGAUUAUAAGAGGUGUUGGAUUGAACGGUCAAUUAUCAGACGCAAAAGAAGGGAAGCUGGAAAAGCUUGCUUCACAGACAGAGACUAAGGUAGAUAGAGACAAUAAGGUGACUUUGUUGUUCUCAGUUCAGGACACAGGCAUUGGAAUAAGCAAGGAGAAACAAAAGGAAGUGUUCAAAGCUUUCUCCCAAGCUGACAGCUCAACCACUCGGCUGUAUGGAGGAACAGGCCUGGGUCUGAGCAUUGUAGAGCGGCUAGUGCAAAUGAUGGGUGGCCGUAUAUGGCUUGAAAGCGAGCCAGGGAAAGGGAGCACGUUCUACUUUAUUGCGCAGUUGGAAUCCGUUCCAAGUCAAAGCACGAAUUGUACAAGUGAUGACAAAGUGAAGGGAUUAAAGCGCUUCAAUACAAUUCACAGCUAUGACGAGGGAAAACGUGAAUCUAAAUCAGUAUCGGAAUCGAAUCAAGAAAUUCUGCAAAAUCAAAAACCUCAGGAUCUAGAGUGUCAAAAUUCACCAUCUGGUAGUUCCACUGCUUCCAACAUACCGAAUGGAAUUUCUCCAACGAAAGCAAAUGGUGUUACUUUCAAACAGAUGAAUGGAACUCCUUCUAAACUCAGGCAGGGCAGAUGCAACAGCGUAGCUGCAGGUGGUUUGCAGUCGAUGUCAAUGCAGAACGACAUACCUCUACCCACCAAAUCCUCAAGUUUUCCGAAGAAAUUCACCUUUAAUUCAAAUGAGGCAGAUUCUGAUUCUGAAGUCUCACUUCAAGGCAUGAAGAUCUUGCUCGCAGAAGAUAACCUCGUGAACCAGAAGGUUGCAUGUCAGCAGCUCAAGAAGUUUGGAACACAGGUAGACGUCGUGUGCGAUGGUCAGCAAUGCUUGGAAGCUUUAGAAGGGCGUCGAGACGAUUACGAUCUUAUCCUGAUGGAUGUGCAGAUGCCAGUACUUGAUGGACUGCAAGCAACCAGAAAAAUCAGAGAAAGCGAAAAGCAGCAUAAUUAUGCCCACAAACCCAUCAUCGGCCUCACUGCUCACGCUAUUCAAGGAUACAAAGACAAGUGCUUAAGUGCAGGCAUGGACGCGUAUGCAUGCAAGCCGUUUCAGGCUAGGGAAUUGAUCCAGGUUAUACAAGGCGUCUGCAAGAUGUGGUCUGUCAGGCUAAAUUCAAACGCAGAGGAAGCCAUCCCUAUCGAUGUAGUCGUUGAACAAGUGAAUGACACAUCUGGAGAUCACACCUGAACAUUUUCAAAGUAGAAUGUUUUUUUUUUUUCCCUUUUCUGGUUGAGACAUUGAUUCUCAUGUCUAUUUUUAGAAGGUGUUAUGUUUUCAAUUUUGAAAACUCUAGGUAUUUCAACUGGAAAAGUGCCAGCUGUAAAGAGUUUCUAAGGUCGUGGAGUAGAUGACAUCUAGACAAUACGUGCAUGGGUGUUACAAGUAAAUUAUUAGGCAACCAUCGGAGGACCGCACAGAAGGAUGGGACCAAAACUUCGACAGGUGGUUCCACAAAGUCGCAAAAAUUGAUAUGUGACUACUUCUAACGAUGGCAAUUUCUCAAUGACGUAAGGAUGUUACGCGAAGAGAAUCCUACCAUGUAGAUCAUCUUACAUGAAUUUUUUUGGCCUCUUGUAUAUCAAUGUGCACAUGAAUUCAUAUCUGCAUUUAUUAGUGCAGAAUAUUUUGUA